UUUUGCCAGCAGUUUGUCCUUGUCAUGAAAAGGAGAGACCGUUACUGUUGUCAUGUAAAAAUAUCAAAUGCCAAUGAAUAUUAACAGACAUAAUCUUAGUAAUCUGUGAUAUUACCAUUUUAUUAUGAACAGUACAACAUUGCCGAAAAGUGCUAUUAUUUAUUAAUUCUACAGCAUUCUGAAGACCUAAACCCAAAAACCAGUUUAUUGAUAGUCGAACUUUAUUGUCACACUUGGACGCAAAAUAUUGUAAACAUAACCUCUUAGUGUUGAAUUCGUUUUGUUGAAGAAAUGGAUAAAGAAAAUGCAAAAGGCAUAGGGAAAAUAUGCAUACCUGGCAUGCGUUUGAGUUUAUCAAACAAAGAAUUUAUAUCAGGACCAGGUACAUAUGAGUUAAAAGGUUAUAUUUACGCUACUCUAGCUGGUAUUCUAAAAAUGGAAGCAGACGAAAAAACUAAGGCUACAAUGGUCUCGGUUGAAAGUCCCAGAACACCGAGUGUUCUUCCUAAAGCUGGAGAUAUAGUAACAGCUAAAGUGACAGUAGUUAACUCCCGUAUGGUUCAAUGUAUGAUACUCUGUGUGGGAUCUUCAAUCUUAGCGCGACCAUACAAAGGCAUCUUAAAGAAAGAAGACAUAAAAUCUACCGACAAGGAUCGUAUAGACCCUUACAAAUGCUUUAGGCCUAGCGAUGUUAUACUGGCCAGAGUUCUACCAAUGACUGAAAUACACUGGUACCACUUAUCAACAGCUGAAAAUGAGCUUGGUGUUGUGAUUGCUGUAGCCGAAGGUUCACCACAAGGAGUCAGCAUGGUGCCAAUAAGUUGGUCUGAGAUGCAAUGCCCCAAAACACUUGUCAAGGAACCAAGAAAAGUGGCUAGAGUAAUACCAGAAAAUAUCAACCAAACAAUGUUUCAAGAGAGCAAAGGAGAUACUGAACAAAACAGUAAAUAGCAAUUAUAUUAAAAAUACUUUGGAUAAUAUAACA